AUUGUACGUCUCGAUCGGUGGUGCGUGCGUGCGGUACCACACUCGUACUCGGUAUUAUUAUUGUUAGGUAUGGUUAUUAUUAUUAUGAUUAUUAUUAUUAUGUUACACUCGUACGAAAUAACGCGAUUAUUAUUGUAUUCGCGUAAUAUUAUCGUGUCGCGUACGUAACGAUUUCGCGUUUUAUCUGUUCUUAAAAAAAAAAAAAAAAAUAAUAAAAAAAAACACACACACACACACGUAACCAAACCGUCGGAUUCGCGAUUCAUACCCGUUCGUUGCCGUCGCCGUUAUCUCGAGAGUAAAAUAGUUAGGUGGUACGACUACUGCACACGACUGUCCAGGUGCACGUAGGUUCGCGGCGGAUACCGGAAACGCGUAAAUAUUAAUAAUAAUAAUUAAAUCGUCGCCAUAUUAAUGAAACGCCAAUAAUUAAACGCUAAUGAGUGCAAUAAUUAAUAAUUGUUACUGUUGUAGGUAAUCGAUCGUGUGCGCGGAGGCGGUGGUCAGAUAUUUGUUCCGCGAGAAACGAUUCCGUCGUCGUCGUCGUCGUCGUCGUCGGCUAUCGCUGCGCCUCCGGCCCGAUAACACGGACCCGUUUUUUACGCGUUAAUCUUUUUUUUUUUCCUCUGUUCAAUACCGAACGUUGUAAUAUUUUUCUCCUCUCCGAGUCCUCGACCGAUAACGCACACACGAAAAAUGACGUUCUGCGUACACCACGACCCGAAGACCCGACCAGAACGAGUUUGAGAAUCUCCUGUCGCACUCCGCUCGCGCUUCCAGUGGCAUCCGUCGUUUUGGGUGAGUAUAAUUACCCAAUAUUAUCGUCACACUUUAUACGUCCCGUUUUCGGUAAUAAUCGUUUUCAGCGGUGUUGUACGAUUGAUUUUUUUUUAUUGUUAUUAUUAUUAUUAUUAUUAUUGCAGGCGCCUACCCGUAUUGCCGUACGGCCGCGGUAUUGCGACUUUGCGCGACAAUCCGGUCCCGUUGUCGUCAUUAGCGUAGUUAGGUAGGUAUGUAUGUAUGUAUUGUUAAGUAGGGAUUUUAUUUCUUUUUUUUUUGCUUUUUGCGUCGACGACCGUAAAAGAAAAUUAAAAAAAAAAACGUGUGCGCAGCAACCCGUCUCGGCCCCGAUAGGUUGUCGGAUUUGUCGCCGCCUGAUAACAUUAACGUUUGGUACCUACUCUGUAACCUACUCGCAGAGAGGAUCGGUUUUGUUGACGACGAGUUUUGAGCGUCGUCAUCACAACGUUAAUAACAUUCCAUUCUAAUCCCCGAACAGCCAGCUACCUCCAGAUAAACGACGACGGUCGUCGUGCAUUUUGUUUACGACCGCUUCGAUUGGUAAUUCGACGUCGAACGAUUAUUGUCAUUGAUCAAGCGGUGUAGUGCACGUACACGGUUACACUUGUUCAAUGUCAUCGUCGUCGCCACCAGCAGGAAUGUUACUUACCCUAACCCAACCCGACAUUGUGUUUCUCGUUUACUGGACGAGUAAAUUCGGUUGCUAUUCCGCUCGUCGGGAGGGAAAACGGUAACUACCAUAUAGGUACUGCUGAGACGGCCCGCAUUACAUUUUUCAAUGGCUGUAACAUAAUAAUAGUUCUUAAGGUUUUUUUUUUUUUUUGAAUUCAAUUAAUAGAUUUUUCCAAGGUUUUCGGCUCCAAAAUAUGAAUCCAGCAAAUGCCAGAUAGGGCCUUUGUAGGGGAUAAUUGGUUACAACCUGGGUUACAAUGACCACAUGGUCUAACUGUUACAAAUGUACUCAACUAAUUAUUAACUUGUUAUAUUUUUAUUUGCAUAUAAACAAUGUUAGGUUUAGGUAUUAACCCGUUACGUUUCUUUAUUUUUCAAUUGUCAUAUUUAUAUUGAUUUACCAAUAUGCGUUAUAAUUUAUAAUCAACGUAGAUCGGUAUUAAGUUUCUUCUUUAUAUACAUAGUUAUUUCUCUGGCUAUUUCAGUUUACAUUAAUAAUCAAUUAAAAAUACUGAUAGGCACUUACUGAUUAUUGAGAAGUUAAGUAUUAGAUUUUUGUUCAAUGACCUAUUUGUCUAUGUCACACAUCCUAUUAUUUGACCUGUAUAAUAUUACAUAUAUUAAAACAAUUAGUGUUAUAAUGUUUCAAUUAAAAUAUUUUAAUACAUUGUAUUUACUAUAUUCUAUAGUACCUAAUACAGUUUCUAUUUUAACGAUCAAGAUUUACCUAAAAGUUAAGUCUACAAAACUGAAACGUUAAUUUAUUAGGAAACCCGUUUUUUUAAAUAAAAUAAUACACUUUCCCCCAUCUUUAAAAAUUGAUUUAAUAUAUUUUAUAAUAACUAACUCUGAAGAUACUAUUUUCUUUCAUUAAGAGAUACAUACCUAAUUGAUAAAUUCCUAGUUUUUUUUUAAACCACUAAUGUUUUGAAUUUGUAUUCUUAAUUUCUAUUAAUUAAAUAAGUUGUUCAACAAAGUGCUUACUAUUUAAUAUUUUAAUGUAAUCAACAUUUACCUAUGUUAAAGUUAUCGUUUUAAUUUAACUUUUAUUAUUGAGAUUAUUAUUACUGUAUCUACCUAACAUGCCUAUGUUUAAUUAUUUGAAUGUAUUUAAUGCCUAACUAUUUUUAAAUAAAUAUUUUACUAUUAAAUAUUUUUAAAAUGCAUUGGUAAUCUACAGAACAGAGUUAAUUAACUAAAAAUAAUAUAGGUACGGGGUACCUCUUACCUAGUUGUAUUUAUUUGUAAAAAUCAUUAUCUAAAAUAUUAUAUUAUGAUUAUUAUUUUAAAUAUUUAUAUUACCUACCUAUUAUUAAAAAAUUAUGUAUUACUAUUUGUAAAUUUAUAUGGUACUUAAAGUUUCAUGAUACUUAAUUAUUUUUAAACAUAUAGUAGAUUCUUGUCUGGAUCCAAAAGACUGGAGUAGUGAUCGAAUAUAAAACCAACCCAUAUUUUUCAUGAUUGACUUCGUUUUGUGUUUUGACACUUAAUUAUCAUAAAAUACACACUUUUUUCACAUUAUUUUGAGUAUCAAUAAUUUUUUAGAUUCUUAUUAUAAAAUUUUAAUUCAUAACGUAACAUUUACACGAUUAUAGACGCACAACAUUUCAAAUGAGACUGAAAAAAUACUAGUAUGUGAAUAUUAAAUUUUAGCCACUCGGUACAUAUUACCUUAAUCCUUUGUAGAUAACAUCGUCAAGAUAAAACUAUUGGUUUCUUAAUUAGCAUUUCAUACCUACCUAGUCUAAUAUUUAGAAAGUGAAUUAGCCAUACAGUUUAAAUCCUGAUGAAGUUCUGUAGAUAAAUAUUUUCAACACACAUAUGUGGUAAAAUUGAGAUUAAAUUUUAUUAUUUCAGUUAUUAAUGAUUUGACCCAAUUUCAGUAUCACAAUUAAAUAAUAUCAAUACCGCAUUUAGCCCUAAUAUUUUGACAGUUUAUGUAAUUCUUUGACAAACUUUUAUGUAAUAUAAUACUGACAAACACCUUAACUAUAUAAAUUGCCACUAAUUUAUAUAUUACUAUGAGUACUACUACUUUACCUUUGACUUUACUACUAAUUUAUAUUGGUAACCAUAUUUUUCAACAGAAUAGAUAGAAAAGAAAUUAAAUUUAAAAAGAACUUAGAUGUCAAAUAGAUAUUUAUAACUCAGAAACAGUGUAUAUUUUGAAUUGUACCACAUCUAAAAUUUAUGAUUUCUUCAUGAUUAUUUUUCUCUAAAUUGCAACAGAAACCAUCAUUGAGUAAAUAUUACCAUUUUACUCCUAUUAUUUGGAAAACUAUAUGAAAAGUUGAUAAUUAACCUUACAAAUAGAUCAUCUAGGCAAAAUUGUCUGUUAAGAUACACUCCUGAUGAUUGGAGCAAGAUUUAUGGUAGAAAAGUAGUUCACAGAUAUGAAAAAAAAAAAAUAGAGUAAAACCAAUUUCUUGUUACUACUAGUUCUUUCUAAUGAUUUUGGAUCUUAAUCAUUCUUUCCAAAUUUCUGAGUAAUAUUUUGAUUCAGUCCAACUAGACUUAAAAAUAAAAAAAAACUUUCAAUUAACCUACCUAUUAUAUUAUUAUAUGCUUCUUUUGUUACUUAAUUAAUUAAUAUAUUCUUUAUCUAUUAUUUUAUUGUAUUUAUUCAAUAUUAUAUAUUAUGUGAAAUGUCCUUGUAAUGUUGGAUUAAUACAGUAAUAAAAUAACUAUUUUGUUGUAUUUUUUCUAGGUUAGUCAACAAACUAAUUGCUUUGAAGGAUUUGAAUGCUUUUAACAUCAUUGUCAGGCGAAAUUGAAUUAUAAUUAUGGGUUCACUUGUAGAAAACAUGUCCAAUUGUUCAGUAUCAUCUCAUGAUAGAGUCAUUUCCCCUUCAAAUCAAAAUUUCUUUCAACUAAUAGUUACAAGUAUGUUCAAAUUAAAACUUGAUUAUUUUAGCACAGGAAAAAAAAUUUACUAUGUAUCUGAUAAGUUUACUCUGAAUUUUAAUUAUGUAAAAUCAAAACAAAUAACCAUAAUUUUCAUACUACCUCUUAUUUUAUAAGAUUAUAAAUAAAAUAAAUUUUUUAAAAAUUAAAAUCAUAUUUUAGUAAUAAUUGUAUACAUAUUUUUUUUUUUUUUAGUUGAAUCUGCACAUUUAAAAAGCAAUGGUGGAUUAAUAAGACCACAUCCUUAUGUUGAACUUAACAUUGAUGAUUACAAAAGACAUAAAACUGAAGUUCUCAAGAAUACAUAUCAACCAAAAUGGAAUGAAGAAUUUACUGUGUAUGCUCAUACAAAUUAUACGUGACAUUUUAUAUCAGAUUGAUUUAUAUUGAAUUAUAUUUUUAGACUUGUUACUCCUUACUCAAUUUUGCAUUAUCGAGUGUUGGAUUACUGUAAGUUUCAAAAGGAUGUGCUUAUAGCUGAAAAAAAUAUAAGUCUUUAUGAUAUUUUAUCUAAUUAUAAUGGUAUCUGUGAUAAUUUGGAGUUAACUAUUGAUUUGAUGCGACCUCGCCAUCAUGAUCAUUUAGCAUCAAGUUCAUCUUCAUCUAACAAUUUUGUCAAGGUUGGAGAAUUGAUAACCAUAUUAAGUGGUUUUCAAGUUGAUAUGUCUCUAGUAUUGAAUCCUUCCAGAGAAUCAGGUACUUAUAUUUUUCUAAAAUAUCUAUAAAUAAAAUUAUAUAUUUUUUUCUUAAUAGGAUUAUCAGAUGGUGAAUUUAGUACUGGUGUUAGAGCCCGUAAUCGUAAUUCAUCAACUGCUGCUUCAACAGGUAAUUAUGUUUAAUAAUUAAAUUUAUUAUUUAGUAUUGAUUUAAUUAAAUUCCUUAAUAUUGUUGUAGAUCCAAAUACAUCUAAUCGUCAUACAAAUAAUGCCUUAACUCAUAAUAACAUUCGGCAUCCACAAUCGUCAGCACAUAACUCUGCUGAAGAGUCUUGCACUAUAACUGUUCAUCAUCAAAGUGGUCCUGUUAGUGUUACAUUACCAAUUGAAGAACCCCUACCACCAGGGUAUGUGAAAAUAGAAUACCGUAUUUAAAUUGUUGGAGCCUAGUUUAUUUUUAUAUUCUAAUAAUUGUAGUUGGGAAAUGAGGUUUGAUGCAUAUGGACGUCAAUACUAUGUGGAUCACAAUACAAAAUCAACUUCUUGGGAAAAACCACAACCUUUGCCCUGUGGUUGGGAACUCAGAAGAGAUAACCGUGGACGUAUUUAUUAUGUGGACCACAAUACACGCACAACAACAUGGCAACGUCCAAAUGUUGAAAGACUACAACAUUAUCAACAUUGGCAAGGUGAACGAGCACAUGUAGUUCAACAGGGAAACCAACGAUUUCUUUAUCCUCAAGUAAGAAAUUUAAUUCAUACAUACUUAAAUUUAUUUGAUUUUUAAUACUUUUUAUUUGACAUGAUAUUUUUAGCAUGCUUUGGGAACAGGUUCUGGACCAAAUAAUAAUAACACUAGUAGACAGACACCUGGUGUACCUGUAACCCCAGUUGUUGAAGAGGAAGAUCGUAUGGGUCAGUUACCUAAUGGGUGGGAAAAGCGUAUACAACCUGAUGGUAGAUGUUAUUUUGUUAAUCAUAAAAGUCGCAUCACUCAGUGGGAAGAUCCACGUACACAAGGGUAAACAAUAAAAUUCCUUUAAAUGUAUGUAUUUAAAUAAAAUUAAUCUCUAAUUACUUUAAUAGAACUGAAUUGAUUAUUGAUAAUUCUGAUUUACCAACUGGUUGGGAAGUUAGAAAAACCACUGAUGGAGUUAGAUAUUUUGUUGAUCACAAUACACACACUACUACAUUUGAAGAUCCUCGUACCCAAGUACCACCCAUUCAAUGGUAAAUCAACUUGCACAUAAUUUAGUUAAAUCAUUAUACAUAAUAUAAAACAUAUAUAUAUAUAUAUAUAUAUAUAUAUAUAUGUAACAUUAAAUACAUAAUAUAUACAUAUUUUAUUUUGCAAUUUAUAUAAUUUUAUAGUUCAGCUGGUCCAUAUGGUGUACCUGCUGCUUAUGAAAGGUCAUUCCGUUGGAAAUUGAGCCAAUUUCGAUAUCUUUGUCAGAGUAAUGCAAUAUCGAGUCACGUUAAAAUCACUGUUUCCAGACAAACAUUGUUUGAAGAUUCUUACCAUCAAAUAAUGAGAUCUCCUGCCUAUGAAAUGAGAAAACGUUUGUAUAUAGUUUUCCGGGGUGAAGAAGGUUUAGAUUAUGGUGGCGUUUCACGGUACAUACUUUUGAAUAUGUCUUAAAUUAAUAUUGUUAUUAUAAAAUAUAUUAUUAUUAUUAUGGUUUUUUAUUUUAUGAUUAUUAUAUAGAGAAUGGUUCUUUUUGCUUUCUCAUGAAGUACUCAACCCAAUGUACUGUUUAUUUGAAUAUGCUAACAAAAAUAAUUACAGCCUACAAAUUAAUCCUGCUUCAUAUGUGAAUCCUGACCAUUUGUUGUAUUUUAAAUUUAUUGGACGUUUUAUAGCUAUGGUAAGCUUUUUUUUAUUACAGUUUUAAAUUUGUUAUAAUAAUAAUAUUGUAUUUUAAUUUAAAUUAUAGGCUUUGUAUCAUGGGCGGUUCAUUUAUUCUGGUUUUACUAUGCCAUUUUAUAAACGAAUGUUAAACAAAAAACUUACCAUGAAAGAUAUCGAAUCUAUUGAUCCAGAGUUUUAUAAUUCAUUAGUUUGGGUGCGUGACAACAAUUUAGAAGAAAGUGAUAUUGAAAUGUAUUUUGGAGUUGAUUUUGAAGUACUCGGUCAAGUUGUGCAUCAUGAGCUGAUUGAAAAUGGAGAUAAAGUUAAGGUUACUGAUGUUAAUAAAGAUGAAUACAUCAGAUUAAUGACUGAAUGGCGAAUGACACGUGGCAUUGAAGAGCAAACACAAGCAUUGUUAGAUGGAUUUAAUGAAGUUGUUGCAUUGGAGUGGUUGAAAUAUUUUGAUGAACGUGAACUUGAACUCAUGCUUUGUGGAAUGCAAGAAAUUGAUGUUGAAGACUGGCAGCUACAUACUAUUUAUCGCCAUUAUAAUCGCACAAGCAAACAAAUUAAUUGGUUUUGGCAGGUAUUGUAACUACUUCAAUUCUUGAAUUUUAUGAGAUAUAAAAUACAAUUAGAAGAAAUAAUCUUGUUUUCGUUUUUUAAGAAUGCAAAUAAUAGUAUGGUUAUAACUAGGGCUUAGAUUUAUAUGCAUUUGCAUAUUAUUUUUUUAAUAGUCUAAAAAGUAGCUAGAUAAGCUACAAGUUUAAAUUAUAGCUAAUAAAUGAUCUGAAAUACAAAGUUAUAUUUUUUAUGUGUACUGCAUAUGCCUGUAUUUUACAACUUUUCAUUGCAUUAUAGUCUAAUACUUGAGUCUUUCAAACUCAUUUGUUUUACUAUUGUUCCUUGGUUUCAUCCACAUAUACCUAUGGUUUGUAAAGAAUUUGUUUUCUUUUAUUAUCUAAUCACUUCUAGAUAAAUAUAAUUCAAUGGGGACUAGUGAUACUUUUUGUUUGAAUAUUUUGUACAUGUUUAAUGCAUAUAAUUCCAGAGAGCCCCUAGUUACAACAUUUAAAAGAUGUUUAGAAAUUUUAAAAAUAAAAAAUAUAAAUAAAUUAUUUAUGGACCAUCAAUCUUCAUAAAAUAAAAAAAGACAAAUAACAUUUUUAUCAAAUUAAUUUAAAACAAUUUGUAAAUUUGCUUUGGUACAAAGAAUUAUCAGAAUUAAUCUAAAAAUACAAAACUUUCCAAUUUAAAUAUUUUAAAUUUGUUAGAUAAUAGAAACUUUUUUUUGGAUAUAGAGUAGUUUACGGAUACUAUUUAAAUAAAGGCUAACUGUUAAAAUUUUUUAAAUCUGUUUCAUAGAUAUAUUUUUAAAUUAAACCUACAUGAAAUGUAUAUAUCAAUUAUAUAUAUAUAUAAAAUUUAAAAUAUAAUAUAAGUAAUAAAACUAACAAUUAAAAAAAAAAGUAUAUUUGUAAACUUAAUAAGUGAAAUUAUAUUAUUAUUUUUCAAUUAGAAUUAUAAAUACUUUUUUGUUUAUAUGCAAGUAUGUGUAAAACAAGGUAUUUCAAAUGUUUUUAUACUUUUUGUAUGAGUAACAAUAUUUAUUCUUAAUUUUAGUUUGUAAAACAAGCGGAUAAUGAAAAAAGAGCGAGAUUAUUACAAUUUGUCACAGGAACAUGUAGAGUCCCUGUUGGUGGAUUUGCUGAACUCAUGGGUAAGAAUAAUACUUAUUAAAUACUUAAUAUAAUAUGUUCCUUAUAUGUUCUCUUAAUAGUCUGCCAUGUUUUAGUAAUUAUAAUGCAUUAAAUUAAACUAAUAUAAUAUAUAUUUUUAAAUUAUUUAUUUGUAAAAUAACAAAUUGGGAGAAUUUUUUGCUUUCACUCAGUGGGCAUAGUGAAACAAAUAAUUUUACAAUUUUAAUCAAAAUAUAGAUAUAUCUAUACACAUACCAUAUCCUGAUUAGUUAACUGAAACCACUUUAUAAAUAGAUGUUAGUAUUUAAUUUUAUUCAAUUUCAAUCUUUUUUUUUUAAGUGAGAUGGAUUUUAUAUGCCUUUCUGAUUUAUGAAUUUUUUUACAUAAAUGAUAUCUAUAAUGUAGUUAAAUGUUCAUUAAUUAUAAAUUAAAUUUAUGUAUUUAGGAAGCAACGGAGCACAAAGGUUCUGUAUUGAGAAAGUUGGUAAAGAAACAUGGUUACCUCGAUCUCAUACAUGUUUCAAUCGAUUAGACUUGCCACCAUAUAAGAGCUAUGACCAACUAGUUGAAAAGCUCAAUUAUGCUAUUGAGGAGACUGAAGGUUUUGCUCAGGAAUGAAACACAAACAUAUUUGUGUUAAUGUUCUCUCAGUUAGGAUUUUGAAUAUGAAUAUAGUUUAACAUUUAAGUACAUAUUUACAAAACAGAACAUUAAUAUCAUCAAAUUUUGACAUCACAAUAAUGAUGAAAUUGUAUUUAACCUUCAGCAAGGUAUAGAAAUACAUUCCUUAGUUUAUAUUAUCUGUUUUUAAUUUUAUGUGUCGUUAAUUAUUUUGGGAGUUAUAGCGGUUUUAAUCAUUGAUGUUUCUUGUUAUAUCCCUCCCAUUUUUAUAGUUACUAUUACUCAUAGAUUUUAAGAACACUGUGUUUUUAUGAAUAAGCGCAUCUAAGUAAUAAAUAUAUAAUGUAAUAUUAAAAUGUAUGUGAAUGUAAAGUGUGGUGUACAACAAGGAAUGAAUAAUAUUUAUUUCGAACUUUUGUUUUGAUGAAAGAAAAGAAAUAUAUACUAUUUAAAUAACUGGAUAAUACUUUUAAAAAAUUAUGGUCAUGAAUUUAUGAUAUUUUUUUAAAUUAAAUAUAUACUAAUACUAUUUAAAUAACUGGAUAUUAUUUUUAAAUAAUUAUGGUCAUAAAUUUAUGAUAUUUGUUUUAAUUUGAUGUUUAAAUUUAAUGUACUUAAAUAUUAUACAUCAAAAACAAAAAAAAAAUUAAUCAUUGCAAUAUUCAACAAAUAUUAGUGUUGAAUAAACUUGUGACCUAAAGCUGCAAUAAUACUUAAUAAUUUGUAUUCAUCGUUGUUUUUCUUAGAUUGUUGAUUCAUGCUUGCGCUUUUGCGUACAUGUUUAUUUUUUUAAAACAUAAAAAGUUACCAUAUUUGACAAUUAUUGAUCAUUAUGUAUCUAAAAACAUUGUGAACAAUAUUAGCUUAAAGUAAAGUUUAUAAAUAAUUAUUAUACUAUAUUACAGACUUUAAAACAAAUUUAUUUAACCAAAUAUGUUUUCUUUAAAAAAAUUUAUAUAUUAUAAUAUUUAAUUCUAUACUGUAAAUGUAUUAUUCUCGUAUUUGUUUUAUUUUAAUCAUUUUUAUUAAUUAUGUUUAGACAUACUACUGGAUUAGUAUGCUUUUCACAAAUACACAACAUUAUAAAUGCUAUUUUGGCAAUUAUUUAAAGCAUUGUUAUUAUGUAAAUAUAUAUUUUAGAAUAUUAUAUUAUCUCAGCAUUGUUAAAUAAUAUAUAUCAAUAAAAAUAUACUAUAAAAUCUAUUUGUCUUUUCUCUAUGUAUGUCAAGUGCAUAAGUAGAAAUUGGGCACACAAUGUCUAGACAAAAUUGUAUUUUAAUUAAUUAAUAAACCAUGCAACACUUAAUAUGUUGAGAUAAAAAGUACAAAUGCUAAUGUAACGCAUUUAUAAAUUCAAUAAUAAUAGGGUUUUUUUUUUUGUAAUUAUCUGACACCUGAAAUAAUUGGUUCUUUUUAAUAUUUUAAAUAAUUUAUUCACUACAGUGAAUGAAUGCUACAGCUUCUGCUACAGUUAAAAUAAUAUUAAGUUUUUUUUAAGGUGAGAGAAUUUUGCAUUAAACAAUUUAAAAUAUGUAAAUACUUUUUAAAAAACAAUAAAAAUAACCACUUUGUAAAAUAGAUUUUUAGAAAAUGUUAAGUAGCUUAAAUUUUCAACUUAUAAUAAAUUAUAAACAAAUAUAAUAUUUAAAUUUUCAGUAAGUUCAAAAAAUUAUAGAAAAUAAAUAAUCAUACCUAGACCCAAAGAUAUUUAAGGUGUCAGAUCUUCAUGUUAAACUUUAUAUUAUAUUAUAUCUAUUUUUUGUUUUACGGUUAUUUAUUUCAGUUAUAUAUUCCAAUAACACAAGCACUUAUUAUUAUUGUACAAUAAUGCAAAUUGUUUUAUUAGUUUCUUUUUAUAAAACUGUUAAACGAUAAUAAUUAU